UCACACAUCUAUAAAGAGUCCUGAAAGCUGUGGUGUGUCCACUUUUCUCUUUUCUUUUGUCUUGGCCAAAGCUUCAAUCAGGAUGGCAGAGACAAAGAUGUCAACCAGCAGGAGAAAUCACCUCAAGAGCUUGCUGCUGCAGAUAGCUGAGACGAUGCUGGAGGAGGAGGCAAGGGAGGCCGAGAAGGAGAAGAUGAUGUAUAUGGAGGAGAACUGCUCCACCCUCUGUGUCCCUGGCAGUAUACAGGAGCUGCAGGAUCUGUGCCGGGGGCUUCACAAGCAGAUUGAUUUGGUGGAUGAGGAGCGAUACGACGUGGAGAUUAAAGUGACAAAAUCCAACAAAGAGAUCGAUGACCUCAAGCUGAUGGUUCAGGAUCUUAAAGGCAAGUUUAAGAAGCCGGCACUGAAGAAGGUGCGUAUGUCUGCCGAAGCCAUGUUGGCUGCUCUGCUGGGCUCAAAACACAAAGUUUCCAUGGACCUGAGGGCCAACCUGAAGCAGGUCAAAAAGGAGGUGAAAGAGGAGGAGAAGCAAACAGGCAACUGGAGGAAGAACAUCGAAGAGAAAUCAGGGAUGGACGGCAGGAAGAAGAUGUUUCAGACAGAGGCUUAAACACUAGUGUGCCACUCUGUUGUCAGCAUUGUCAAUUUUGUUUUUAUUAUGUGAGUCCACAUUGUUGGCGAUUUUGUACAGAAGAUAAGAGGAAUUAAUCAUGUGUUUCUUGUGUCA